AUGAACAUGCACGACUUCUUCCAGCAACAGCGACUAAAUUCCAUCACGUCUGUCGAAAUCGUUUGGGAGUGUGCACCAUGGAUCUUGCCAGACAUCGAGGACCACUCUAGGUUCGUUCCUCCUCUAAGCGACAUGGAGUCUUUUAGACUAUUUCUCAAGGCCAUUCCCAAUAUUUUCCCGAACAUCAAGAAACUUUAUGUUUCUUUACAAGGAGACAUGAUUCCCAAGUCGCAUGGACAACUCCGCGACACUGACAAGUACUCGACCAAGGAACGAAUCUUGCUCGUGGAGAGGAACAUCAUCUUGAAAGUCGACCAAAUGGUGCCUUACCUCAAACCCCAUGUCGACUUUUCAAUCGCCUAUCCUACGAGUACGUAUGCUGUGCAGAGAAGUCUUGCGCUUCGACAGGGCUGGACAGUGAAGCAGAGGCAUGAGACUGGUGAGGUGGAACGACACUGGAGGCCAUUGGCGAAAUGCAAACCUCGAACAGGCUACUGGGUCUGCUUGGGUGAUAAGGAUGUAAGAAGAAAGAGAGCGAGAGGCAUCAUUGGGCAUAAACAUAUGCCAGCGCGUGUUUCCGAAAAGAAGUAUGAUGUUUUCUUUCGGUCUUAG